CCAGCAGAGCCAACUUGCACGUUCACUGUCCGAGUCACAGCACUGCCGGCUGCCAGGCAGAUCAGUUUGUUCGUGAGAAUGGAUGGAAAAGCAGAUGUGAAGUCUCUCAUGGCGAAAUUCAACACGGGGGACAAUCUGACAGAAGAGGUCUCUGGUCAUGGCCGACCCUUCAAAGUCACCGGACAGAACUCAGCAUCAGGGAUACAAGCGAAGAAGAGCUUAUUCAGCAACCCAGGAAAUGGCAGUCCUCCCCCAGCACACGGCAGUGUUCCUAAAUUUGGGUCCCCAAAGCCACCUCUGGGGACGAAACCUUCUGAGGAAAAGAUGAACAAAGAGCCCAAGCCCCCAUUGUUAAAAUCAACUACAGUGGGCCAGAGAUUUGGAACACCAGCAAAUGUGGCUGCCAGAGAUGCUGAGGGCAAGGCGGGUUUUCUGAAACCUGUGGGUCCCAAGCCACCCACCGUGCCCAAGGAUGACCCCAAGCCUGUGUUUCUCGGGUCUCCAGGGAAUAAGCCAUCCCUUCACACUUUAAACCAAGACCAGGACUUGAAGCCAUCAGGCCCCAAGCCGGGGCCUCGUCAUCCUCCUCCUUCAGCCCUGGACAGUGAACAGAAGCAAGUGUUCCCCAAAUUGGCUGGUGUCAAAGGCAAGUUUGUGUCUGCCUCCCAAGACCAAGACUCCAAGCCCAUCUUCCCCAAACCCACCUUUGGCCAGAAGCCUGCCCUGAGUGCCGAAGACGCCCGUGAAGAUGAGAGUCCUAGCAGGCACGUAUCCUCCCAGAAAGGACCUCCAGCUCCUCUUGGGACCAAGUCCAAGAGCAUCCCCUUAAAACCAGCCAGGGAAGACCCAGAAAAUAAAGAUGACAGCAACAAUGCAACCAGUUCGCCUUUCCCUGGAGUGGUUCUGAAGCCAGCUGCAAACAGAGGAACCCCGGUCCUCUCCAAAUCUGGGGAUGACAAAAAAGAAGACAGGAAGAUCGAUGCUGCUAAGAACAUCUUCCUGAGCAAAACGAACCAGGAGGAGGCAGCCUUGGGGGCUCCUCCUGCCAAGUUCCCCAAGGCGCCUUCCAAGCUGACAACGGGGGGACCAUGGGCCCAAAGUCAAGAGAAGGACAAGGGAGAGAAGAAUCCAACCACACCAAAGCGGAAGCCACUGCCACCGUUGUUCACCUUGGGUCCACCUCCACAAAAACCCAACAGACCACCAAACGUUGACCUGAUGAAGUUCCGAAAAGCUGCUUCAGGAAACAGUACCAACAAAGGCCAGACAUCUUACUCAGCAACUUCCCCGCCACCACCUCCACCAUCCCAUCCAACCAGCCAGCCACCACUGCCAGCAGCUCACCCAACACAACCACCAGUCCCAAGCCUACCUCCCAGAAACAUUAAACCUCCAUUGGACCUAAAAAGUACUGUAAAUGAAGACAAUCAUGAUGGUCCUAUGAAUACUGAUGGUCCUGGGAAUCUAGAUGAGGAACAAGAGAGUGAUGGAGACACAUAUGAAGACAUAGAGGCAUCCAAGGAACGCGAGAAGAAGAGAGAAAAGGAAGAAAAGAAGAGAUUAGAGCUGGAGAAGAAGGAACAGAAAGAGAAGGAAAAGAAAGAACAGGAGAUAAAGAAGAAAUUUAAACUGACAGGUCCCAUUCAAGUCAUCCAUCGAGCAAAGGCUUGCUGUGACGUCAAAGGAGGGAAAAACGAACUGAGCUUCAAGCAAGGAGAAGAGAUUGAAAUCAUCCGCAUCACAGACAACCCUGAAGGAAAAUGGUUGGGCAGAACGUCCAGGGGCUCCUAUGGCUAUAUUAAAACAACUGCUGUCGAGAUCGAUUACGACUCUUUGAAACGUAAAAAAUCCUCUCUUGGUGCUCUUUCAUCAAGACCUAUUGAAGACGACCAAGAAGUGUACGAUGAUGUUGCAGAGCAGGAUGACAUUAGCAGCCAAAGUCAGAGUGGAAGUGGAGGGAUGUUUCCACCACCUCCAGACGAUGACAUUUACGAUGGGAUAGAAGAAGAAGAUGCUGGUAGCAGCUCUAUGCUACAGGUUGAAGAGAAGAGUAACACGUGGUCCUGGGGGAUUUUGAAGCUGUUAAAGGGAAAAGAUGACAAAAAGAAAAGUGUACAAGAGAAACGCAGAGUCUCUGAGUCAGAAAAUAAUGAAGGUUCAUCUUUCCCUUCUCCUCCUACACAACUGGACGUUGGAGAUGAAGUUUAUGACGAUGUGGAUGCUUCCGAUUUCCCAGCACCACCCCUGGAGUUGAGCCAAGGAGUGACUAUUGGAAAAACCAAGACAGAAGAAAAAGACCCUAAGAAGUUAAAAAAGCAGGAAAAGGAAGAAAAAGACUUCAGGAAAAAAUUUAAAUAUGAUGGUGAAAUUAGAGUCUUAUAUUCUACAACGGUUGUACACUCCUUAACUUCUAAAAAGUGGGGGACCAGGGAUCUACAGGUAAAACCUGGUGAAUCUCUUGAAGUUCUGCAAAACACAGAUGACACCAAAGUUCUCUGCAGGAAUGAAGAAGGCAAAUAUGGUUAUGUCCUCCGGAGUUACCUGAUUGACAAUGACGGAGAGAUUUAUGACGAUAUUGCUGACGGUUGCAUCUAUGACAAUGAGUAGUCGCAGCUUCCGUCUGCCUGUUGCUUUCCUUAGUUGCCAAGAUGAAGGUCAAGUCUUCAUAGGGUAUAAUAGAAAAUGGAGUCACCAAAUUACUUAUUACCAUUUCUUGUGAAUUUCUGGUUAUCCUUAGAAAGUUUUGAAAUUUUUUAUCUUAGAAAAUGAUCUUUCUGCCUAGUAUCUCAAAAGACAGCAUUAGUGACGUGUAAAAAUUAUAAAAUAUACCAUGUCUGCUUUGGCCACAAUACGAAGACAUUACUUUUAGGCUACCAAUGGACAGUGCCCCUCCUCUGCUCCAAAAAAAAAAAGAAAGAAAGAAAAAAAAUCAUUACAGAAAAAAAUGACUAUAUUGUCUAUAAAAUCCUUAGGAAGAAAAACAAAGACUACAAAGAAGAAAACUUUAAAACUUAACCACAAGAAGGAAGACUACUGUUUAUACUUUUAAUUAUGAUUACAUAUUGUAUUUUCUGCGCAAACCACCUAUCUUUAUAAAAGGAAGAGCUUUAAAUAUUUUUUGAAAAUUAUAGUAGCAGUAGUGAAAUUUUUUAUGCAAAGUGUAUUUGUAUUUGGCAAUUGUGAAUAUGUGAUAACCAUCUGAAUAUUAUGCAUUCAGUAUGUACAUCUAACAGCAAGCUAUAGAAGAAUUUAAAAUAAAUAUUCUUUUGGUACAUUCACUAAUUGUUAACAGUUUAAUUCCAUACUCUGUUUAGAGAACAAUGGUAACUAGCAUAGUUAUAAAUGAAAACUGCCCUGAAAUUAUGAAGAACGAAAGAAUGGACCUUGAAACUAACUAAUCUUUUAUGACACCUCUGUCAUAUUAAAAUUCUUUUGAAGAUCUUUUUCCAGUGACCUCUACAGGAUUUUUUCUACCUACACUUUUAAGAAAGGUAGUGUCUGGACUAGAGUGCUUUCUGCUUAUGCAUACUCAUCUGCAAAGCGAUCCCUGUCACCGUAAAUGUGAAGCAUUUGGGUUUCAAAUAUGAAGAACACUAAAUGCCACAAUACAAAAUGGAAAUCCCCAGCACCCAAUAAACUAACAUGUUAACAAACUUU